AUGGAGCCAAGGAGGGAGUCACAGGCCUCCUCACAGAUUAGCAUUCCGGUGCACAAACAUAGACGGCGAAAGCGCAAGUCGCUGUCCAAGACGUCAACCGCGGGCAGCGAUGCUCGACCCCGAAGCUCUGCUGCAGGCACCCUCUUUCAGGGCAAGAAGUUCGAAUGGUUCCGCGGCCAACUGCUCGGUCGGGGUGCGAUGGGUUCCGUUUGGAUGGCGACCGAUCGCUACACGGGCCAAAAGAUGGCUGUGAAAGAGGUGAUGCUGGAUAGAACAGAUGAGGGGGAGAAGCGCGCCCCGCUAUGCGUGGAACGAGAGGUCUCGCUGUACAGGAAGCUCAACCAUCCCAACAUCGUGGCCUUCUUUGGCACGGAGAGCAUUGGCGAGACCAUGUACAUUUUCCUGGAAUACAUGCCAGGCGGUUCCUUGAACCGCCUUCUGUCACAAAGAGGGGCUUUUGAGGAGCAGGAGAUUGCGAACUACUCGCGCCAGGUGCUGGAAGCCCUUCAUUACUUGCACACACGCAAGCCAUCCAUCCUCCACCGAGACGUCAAGACCGCCAACAUUCUUCUAGACCACGAUGGCGUCGUCAAGUUGGCAGACUUCGGAUGCUCGAAGCGUGCAUCAGGAAAUGCUGUGCAUACCCUCCGAGGUUCUGUGCAGUGGAUGGCGCCGGAAGUGAUUAAUCAGCAACCCUAUGGAUGCAAGGCGGAUAUUUGGAGCUUUGGCUGCGUCCUCAUUGAAAUGCUUACGACCCGACCUCCGUGGGGUCACUUCGAAACCAACGUGGCCGCAAUGAUUCAUGUGGCGACCAGCAAGGAGCCGCCUCGGGUUCCCGAGCGUGCCAGCCCGGAGCUCCGGGCCUUGGUCUCCUGCUGCACGCGGAUCCCUCCGAAGGAGCGUCCAUCCGCGAGGCAGCUGAUGCAGCAUGCGUUUAUCGAGAGCUGGGAGACACCAGCACUAAUUACCUGA